AUGGAGGUGGAAGACGCGGCGGUGUGGGAGCUGUUCGAGCGAGGCUUGGCAAUAGCGGGUCUCCUCGGCCGAGACGGUCUGCGACCCGUUCAGGAGGCCCUACGCUCCAUCCGCGUGCGGUGGAGUCCAGGAUGGAGGAAGAGCCUCUACUUGGCGCUCUACAGGAACCCUACGGUGUUCUGGCUGGCAUCAUCGGAUAUGGCCCUCAAGGCCGCGUGCGCCCUCGGCGCCCUCGCGGCCGCCCUGCUGGUCGCCUUCCCCUCGCUCCACCCGCUCCUGUCGCUGGUGACGGUGCUGGGUCCGUUCAUCCUGCUCACGGAGCCGAUGAUGGUGGAGCUCUCCGUGCUGGCCGCCGUGCUCUCCCCGCUCAAGUACACCCACACCUCGCUGCCACUCCUGGCUGCCUACUCCUGCCACCUGCCCUCGGCCGUGCUCCGCCUCUUCGUCUUUCGCCUGAUGCUCUCUGCCGGCCUCGUCAAGUGGUUCGGCUCGCCCAAGUGGCGCGACCUCACCGCCAUGGAGGUGCACUACGAGACGCAGCCGCUGCCCAAUAGACUGUCGUUCUACUUCCAUCUCUACACGCCCAAGUGGGCUCACAAGAUGAGCACCCUGGUAGCUCUCGUGGUGGAGCUGCCGCUGUGCUUUCUCGUCUUCUACCCGUCGUGGGAGGGCCGCCUGCUCGUGUUCGUCGCCAAUGCGGGCCUCAUGGCCAUGAUCAACCUUACCGGUAACUACGGCCAUCUGGGGUUGACGACUGUGGUGGCCAGCAUUCCUCUCCUGGACGAUUGGAUGUUGCCCAGCUUCCUGCAGCACGCCUCCUCGUCAGACAAGGUUACUGCGUCUGCCUGGGUCGAGCUGGCGGUCGUAACCUACGCGGCAGCCUAUCUGGUUCUCUCCAUCGUUCCCCUGGUCGACGUCACCAAGACCAGACCGCUGCCGGAUGUGGUCUACUGGCUUUACGGGCUGGUGUCGCCCUACUGCCUGGUCAACGUGUACGGCAUGUUCGCGGGCCUGCACGACAAGCGGUGGGAGCUGGUGGUGGAGGGCUCCGACGACGGCCAGACCGACUGGCGGCGCUACGGCUUCUACUUCAAGCCCUCCCGCCCAUCCCACCUCCCGCUCAUCGUCACCCCGCCCACCUACUGGCCUCGGUUGGAUUGGCACCUGUGGAUCAUUCCGCUGAGUGUGCAAAAGGGCAACCCGCUCCCGCCCGAGUGGUACAAGGCCUUCCUGGCGGGUCUCCUCAAGAACACGCCUGCCGUUCUCGCCCUGGUCCAACACAAUCCCUUCACCGAUAAGCCGCCCGCCUACAUUCGCACUCGUAUCUGCGAGUAUGCUUUCGCUCAGAGGGGCAAGGGGCGAAGAGAGGGGGACUGGUGGGUGGAGCGGGAUCUGGGUGUGUAUGGCGGGGAGCUGGCCUACGACCUGGACAACCUGUGGACGCUGGGCAUCGACGUGACCAAGCACCUCGACCUGCCCAACAAGGACAAGUCAGGAGUAACCUCCUACAAGGUGAGCAUGUAG